AGAAUUCCAACGAUGUAUUUUAUUUGAACUGGUCGUUUUCCAUAAAUGCAUAGCGAAGUUUAUUUUUGUAUUUUGUAAACUUAGGAUUUUGUUUCUAAAUCUCCGACAAAAAAAAGAACUAUUUGAAAUGACAGAAGAUUGGCUUGAAGGUUCAGAGAAGGUGAUCAGGGAGAAGAUGUCGGAGAAUAAGGCAGAAAAGACGCCUGCCACAAGAGGCAGCACUUUGAAACUCUACCCCUUGGCUAAUCCCAAAGGCACCUACAUCUUCUGUGAUGUGUGCGGCUUACCUGCCUGGCUGAGGUGCAAAGGCUGUAAAAUAGCUGCUUAUUGUAAUCGAGAACAUCGACAACUGGACUGGGUGGGGAUUCACCGAUUUCUCUGUAAAAGCCUGAUCUACCUCUAUAAUCCGCCGGCAAGGAGCAUAAGGAAGCUGCAACAACAAGCACUUGAACGAAGCAUCCUCAAUACUAAACUUGAACUUAUAAAUAUGUGUCUCUUGCAUGGACACCGACAUCUGUUUGAAGGCAAUUACAAGCUUAUUAUUCCACCGGCUCUUCAAUGUCUGCGUCUCUACAAGAUGUUAUUCAAGGCCGAAGGCGUUGAGUGGCUCCCGGCUUAUUUACUUCUUGCUGAAUGUUUGCUCGGCUUGGGUCAGACAAACGAGGCGGCCAACUAUUUAUCUCUGAUUAAUUGGUUUGAGACAAAGAACAAAGUGACUGGCACCAAAUGCAACCACAUGGUGAAGCGGACGAUGGCCAAGUUGUCUAUGGUCAGAGAAAACUACCAACAAGCCCUGGAUGAACUGGCUGAAGACAUAUAUUUGGCAUCAGAGAAAUAUGGAACUCUUGAUAUUCAGACUUCUGGAGGAUAUUUCAACAUGGCCAACGUCUAUUUCUUCUUAGAACGAGAAGAAGUGACAAAUUCUUUAUACAAAAAGGUCAUUGAUAUUUGGUGUAACCAUUUGCAAAGUUUGGUCAAUCAGAAGAUGAAGACCAGCACUCCGGACAUAGCCUUACCGAUAAAAGAGGAAGAAUACGAAGCACUAACCAAGCGAACAAGUUUCAGCAACUCAUCCGCCAUUCAUAGUCAGUGUGUGAUCUGUGAUCUUAGUAACAAUGAUCCUUCUUCAAUGGCAGCAGACGAUACAAUAAUGGACGCUGUUCACAGACCAACGUCCAUGUGA